UCCAGUCGCUGUGCUCGGGGCUCGGGACCGGCUGCCAUCUUAGUCGAGGGACGGAAGAGUCGUCGCGCCCCGAGUCCCGGUAACAUGCAUUUAACAGUGGCCUUCUGGAGACAACGCCUUAACCAAAAGAAGUGACUCCAACGGUGAGAACUUCAGGUUUGCUGUCUUAUUGGUGGUAUGUCUGACAGUGGAUCACAACUUGGUUCAAUGGGUAGCCUGACCAUGAAAUCACAACUUCAGAUCACUGUUAUUUCAGCAAAACUUAAAGAAAAUAAAAAGAAUUGGUUUGGACCAAGUCCUUAUGUGGAAGUCACAGUUGAUGGACAGUCAAAGAAGACAGAAAAGUGCAACAAUACGAACAGUCCCAAAUGGAAGCAACCCCUUACAGUUAUUGUCACCCCUGUGAGUAAAUUACAUUUUCGUGUGUGGAGCCACCAGACACUGAAAUCUGAUGUUUUGUUGGGAACUGCUGCAUUAGAUAUCUAUGACACAUUAAAAUCAAACAAUAUGAAAUUUGAGGACGUUGUUAUAACUUUACAGCUUACAGGUGACAAAGAACCAACAGAAACAAUAGGAGACUUAUCAAUUUGUCUUGAUGGAAUGCAACUAGAAUCUGAAGUUGUUACCAAUGGUGAAACUACUGGUUCAGAAAGUGCUUCCCAGAAUGAUGAUGGUUCCAGAUCCAAGGAUGAAACCAGAGUGAAUACAAGUGGAUCAGAUGACCCUGAAGAUGCAGGAUCUGGUGAAAAUAGGAGGGUCAGUGGGAAUAAUUCUCCAUCACUCUCAAAUGGCGGUUUUAAGCCCUCUAGGCCUCCAAGACCUUCACGACCACCUCCUCCUACCCCACGUAGACCAGCAUCUGUCAAUGGUUCACCAUCUGCCACUUCUGAAAGUGAUGGAUCUAGUACUGGAUCUCUGCCACCAACAAACACAACUUCCAGUACAUCUGAAGGAGCAGCUUCUGGAUUAAUAAUUCCUCUUACUAUAUCUGGAGGUUCAGGCCCUAGGCCACUAAAUCCUGUUCCUCAAGCUCCCCUCCCACCUGGUUGGGAACAAAGAGUGGACCAGCAUGGACGAGUUUACUAUGUUGAUCAUAUUGAAAAGAGAACCACGUGGGAUAGACCAGAACCUCUACCUCCUGGGUGGGAACGACGGGUUGAUAAUAUGGGUCGUAUUUAUUAUGUUGAUCAUUUCACAAGAACAACAACUUGGCAGAGGCCAACAUUAGAAUCUGUCCGGAACUAUGAACAGUGGCAGCUCCAACGUAGUCAACUUCAGGGAGCAAUGCAGCAGUUUAACCAGAGGUUCAUUUAUGGGAAUCAAGAUUUGUUUGCCACAUCACAAAAUAAAGAAUUUGAUCCUCUUGGUCCCUUGCCACCGGGAUGGGAGAAGAGAACGGACAACAAUGGUAGAGUAUAUUUUGUCAACCACAAUACUCGUAUAACCCAAUGGGAAGACCCCAGAAGUCAAGGCCAAUUAAAUGAAAAACCCUUACCUGAAGGCUGGGAAAUGAGAUUCACAGUGGAUGGAAUUCCUUAUUUUGUGGAUCAUAAUAGAAGAACUACCACCUAUAUAGAUCCCCGCACAGGAAAAUCUGCCCUAGACAAUGGACCCCAGAUAGCCUAUGUACGAGACUUCAAGGCAAAGGUUCAGUAUUUCCGUUUCUGGUGUCAGCAACUGGCCAUGCCACAGCACACAAAGAUUACAGUGACAAGAAAAACAUUGUUUGAGGAUUCCUUUCAACAGAUAAUGAGCUUCAGUCCUCAAGAUCUGCGAAGACGUUUGUGGGUGAUUUUUCCGGGAGAAGAAGGUUUAGAUUAUGGAGGUGUAGCAAGAGAGUGGUUCUUUCUUUUGUCUCAUGAAGUGUUGAACCCAAUGUAUUGCCUGUUUGAAUAUGCAGGAAAGGAUAACUACUGCUUGCAAAUAAACCCUGCUUCUUAUAUCAAUCCAGAUCAUCUGAAAUAUUUUCGUUUUAUUGGCAGAUUUAUUGCCAUGGCUCUGUUCCAUGGGAAGUUUAUAGACACUGGUUUUUCUUUACCAUUCUAUAAGCGUAUCUUGAACAAACCAGUUGGGCUCAAGGAUUUAGAAUCCAUUGAUCCAGAAUUUUACAAUUCUCUCAUCUGGGUUAAAGAAAACAAUAUUGAAGAAUGUGGUUUGGAAAUGUACUUCUCCGUCGAUAAAGAAAUUUUAGGUGAAAUCAAGAGUCAUGAUUUGAAACCCAAUGGUGGCAAUAUUCUUGUAACAGAAGAAAAUAAAGAGGAAUAUAUCAGAAUGGUAGCUGAAUGGAGGUUGUCUCGAGGUGUUGAAGAACAGACACAAGCUUUCUUUGAGGGCUUUAAUGAAAUUCUUCCCCAGCAGUAUUUGCAAUACUUUGAUGCAAAAGAACUAGAGGUCCUUUUAUGUGGAAUGCAAGAGAUUGAUUUGAAUGAUUGGCAAAGACAUGCUAUCUACCGUCAUUAUACUAGAACAAGCAAACAAAUCAUGUGGUUCUGGCAGUUUGUUAAAGAAAUUGAUAAUGAGAAAAGAAUGAGACUUCUGCAGUUUGUUACUGGAACCUGCCGACUACCAGUUGGAGGAUUUGCUGACCUCAUGGGGAGUAAUGGACCACAGAAAUUUUGCAUUGAAAAAGUUGGAAAAGAAAAUUGGUUACCCAGAAGUCAUACCUGUUUUAACCGCCUGGACCUGCCACCAUAUAAGAGCUAUGAGCAACUGAAGGAAAAGUUGUUAUUUGCCAUUGAAGAAACAGAAGGAUUUGGACAAGAAUAACUUCUGAGAACUUAUACCACUGUAGGACAAGAACGUAAUUGGAAUAUUUGUUCUUUUCCUUCUCUGCUUAUUGCACAUCUUGUUGUAAAAUUGGACUGUGACUGUUUAGAGAGUUAUCUGAGUGUAAGUAAAUUAAUGUUACUAUUGAGAUUUAUCUCCCAGUGAUUCUGGAUUGCUCCUCAAUGUUUCCAGAAAUCAGAUCUGCAAACAACUAGUAAAAACCUUACUUUAUAAGAGAUUUAAUACAGCAAUGAAAUCUACCUUGUCUUAUUCCACUAGAUUGUUUCCUUAACAAGUUUAUUAUAUGUGUGUCAAAAGUCUCACUUGGGAGAGUAGGUUUUUCUUUUAGACAUUCUGCAGAUGUGCAAUGAAGUCCUUCGGUAACUGCAAUAUUUAACAUCUUCCAAUGAAACCUCUUAGAAGGAGGUUUUUCUUAUAAAUGCAAGCUUAGCCCAGCGAGACAUGAGCAAACUUCUGGCUUGUGCUCUCUUAUUUCAGCCUGGCCUGACUGUUGUUUUCCCUUUCCAGAGCAUGAAUUCAUGCAUCAUUUUGAUGCUAUUCCUGGAAAUUGAUGCAAGACUUUUGCAUCUUUCUAUAAAGUAGUUUUGUUCAUUUGAAUUCAGGGAGAAGUGAUCCCAAUCUGCAAAUGACUUCAGAACUUCAUUUGGAUGUUUGAUUAUUUUAAUUGCCUUGCAAAUACUAAACUUUACAGAUGAUAUUAACACUGUGCUUCCUUCAAAGCUGUCAUUUAUAAAGGUUUACUAUAAUUGGAAUUAAUCUAGCAGAAUUUAUUGAAGGAUUUAUCAAUAGUUUUUGUAUGUUCCUAUAAUAUAAAUUCAUCUUUAUAAUUUUAUCAUAAUCUAACAACUUUAGUUAUGUUUACUUAUUGCUAAGGAGUUCAAAUGGUUUUCUAGUUCAAAUAGAGGUCAGUGAAAUACUCUUUAAAAUGACAAUUUUUUAAGGGUCUGGAAUGAUAGAACAGCAGGUAGGGCACUUGCCUUGCACACAGCCAACCUGGGUUCUAUCCCUGGCACCACAUACAGUCCCCUGAGCCUGCCAGGAGUGAUUCCUGAGCACAGAGCCAGAGUAAUUCUUGGGAACAGCUGGGUAUCGCCCAAAACGAAACAAAAAAAUUACAGUUUCUUUAGGGAGUGAGAGCAUGGUAUUGUCUAUAAAGAUGGGAAUCAUCUUUUUACUAGCAAUACAUUUCUAGUAGAAUACAUAAAAAUGUAUUCUCAAUGUGAUUUAAAAUUUUCAAAUUUAACAUAUCUCUGACAUUACAAUAAUAGUCAUUUCCAUUCUUUACAUUUCCCUGAGUUAGAUUGAUAUCCUUUAUUUGCAAUAUUGUCUUUGAUCCUAAAAAUAGUAACAGGUUUUCCCUACUUUGGGUUUUUUGUUGUUUUUUUUUUUAUUUGUUUUUUUCAUGUCUGUUUAGACUGUUCCAUUAGUAACCAUUUUAAUGCACUUUGAACUUCAUUACAGUUAAUUCUUUUAAAUUGGAUGAGCUUAGAUUGUCGAAAUGACUGCUCUAAGAGGUUUGACUUUAUAGACAGUGGGAUAAAACCUAAGCCAGCUGCAUGCCUAUCAUAGCUCAACCUUAAGAGAGCCUCAUAAUUUGUGAAAACAGGGACUUGGCAGGUUUCAGUAGGAUAGUAUGAACAAGUAGCAUUGAGCCAAAAGUUAGAAUAGCAUACCUCUGUUCAUAUGGAAAAAAACCAUUGUUUUGGUUCCUAGCUACUUUUCCUUUUACAUCCUGGAACAACAAAAUACAUUUAAAUAUGUGUGUCUGUACUUUAAAACACUGCCAUCAUAAAACAGAUUUAUGAGUGAAAAGAUUGCCUCAUUCAGAAAUUGUCAGUGUAAAGGGAGAGAUUUGGCUCUCCCCAAUCCUAUCUUUGUUUAUCUAAAUUCUGCAUAAUUCCAGAAGGUGUAAUAUGUUCUCUUAAAUCCCUAGUUGUUUUCAAAGUAGGGACUCUGCCUUUUUGUUGGUAGGGGAAGAAAAAAUGCUAUUGCUUUGUCUUUCAGAGCGAAUGUCUGCCAACUACCCACUCAUUAUACAACUCUGAACUUUGGUAAUUUAUGGCUAUGGAAAUUAAGCCGUCUAUAAAGACUUCCUAUUGAGGUGAAUUCUCAUUGAAAUGUAGUUGCCUAUGAUAUUUACUAGAAAUUUAUGAGAUUAAAUUAAAAGAUAGUGUAAGAAAGUAGACUUUUUUGUUCUACAUAAUGCUUGAUUCAUUUAGGAACCUAGAAAUAUUGUGAAAUUGUAUAAACAUCACCCGAAAGGCUUUCUGCCCUAUAUUUUUAAAUACAGAAGUUAUAUUUGAAGUAGAUCUGGCCCUAGUUCUAUAGGGCUUGGCUAUUUAAUAUUUUUAUGGAAGAAACAUUUAAUUCUGAAAAAGGUAAAUGCUUGUAUAUAUUUUUUGCAGCCUGGGAUUUCCCUUACUCUUUCUUCCUUUAAUUUAAGUGGCUACAUGUAUAUGUCUUCCCUGCUGUGUUUGGAAAAUGGGGGCUGGAUAUCCCAAGAAUCAGAGGUUAUAUAAAAGUACUGCAACUAGACAGCAGAUAUAAAUACCAAAUGCUAUCUUAAAUUUUGAUCCAAACUGAACAUUUGAAAUAGAUUUAUUGUAAGUAUUUAAUUAGAAUGAUUUCUUAAAAAUAUCAACUAAAUUGCUUUUCAAGUCCUUUUUCUUUUGUAAGCAUUGUAAAUGCUAAUAAAUCCUGUUUAAUUUUUUUUUUUUUUACUGCAUGUUAUGUUGAAAUAAAAACUAAGUAAAAUGAGCAAUUGCCUUAUUCUUCUGCUCUUUUGGGAGGUUGGGGAAGGCAACAUUUCAUAACCUGGGUCAGUAGGGAAGAAUCUCACUUGUUUCAUCAAUAAACUGUCUUAUAACUGAUCCAGCAGCUCAUGAUAAUAAAUUUCUGUUUGUCUUUUAUGAUCUGAGUGCAGAAAAAUCUAAUUUCAUAAGACUUACAAUAACUCUAUUUAAAAUUUAAGUUUUAAAUCUUUACAUCAGGCUAUUGACAUACAGUGUCAAUAGAAUAGAAAUUUCUGUGAAACAUGAUUUACUGCCCACAAAUGUAUCAUCCUGAAUGAACCAUUUCAGUCAGGCCCACUUCCAUCAAGUCUACCACUUUAAUCUGAAAUGUUACCAAUGAUAACUCAUGGAAUUAAGAGUUCUCUAUUUUUAUAUUCUUUGUUUUGGAUGUAACCCCAUCUGUCUAAACUAUUUUAAGUUAACUAUUUCUAUUAGUAUUGUUGGUAUCUCCAGCCCCCCCCCAUUUUUUUUAAACUUUAGAUUUAUUUUCAAAAGUAUUUGUAUAUAUUGCUAUGUUUUCAUUGACUAAAAACAGGGAAUGGCAGCACUGGAUUGUAUAUUUACUGUAUUGGAGUUCCUUUGUUUUCUUGAACUGUAAUUUCAAAUACUCAGGUAACUCUACAAAUAUCACAGGGAGUCAAGUGCUCUUAUAGAGGUCCUUCAGGGGGCUGUCUCACUUGAAUUUCCUUAAAAGAUGUAAAAUUGUGUUUAUAAUUAAACUUUUUUUUGUCCUUCA